UUGCCAAUCACUGACAGCAAGCACCGGCGUGAAGAAAAUAAACACAGCCAUGGGAGGCCUGAUUAGCAUGUUUUCUGGGUUGUUUGGAUCAAGGGAAAGAAGAAUAUUGAUCCUCGGAUUAGAUGGAGCUGGAAAGACUACAAUUUUAUAUAAACUUCAAGUAGGAGAAGUAGUAACAACUAUUCCCACAAUUGGAUUUAAUGUGGAAACAGUGAAUUACAAGAACCUGAAGUUUCAAGUGUGGGAUUUAGGAGGUCAAACAAGUAUAAGGCCCUAUUGGCGUUGUUACUACUCAAACACAGAUGCCAUUAUCUAUGUAGUAGACAGUGUGGACAAAGACAGAAUUGGCAUCUCAAAACAGGAACUGGCCUCCAUGCUCGGGGAAGAAGAAUUAAAAAAUGUGGUUAUUGUGAUAUUUGCAAACAAGCAAGACAUAGAGGGUGCCAUGACCCCAUCAGAAGUUUCUAAUGCUCUUGGACUAUCAACUCUCAAACAUAAAUAUCAAAUAUUCAAAACAUCUGCAAUUAAGGGCACAGGAUUAGAUGAAGCUAUGGAAUGGCUUUCAAAUCAAUUGACGCAGCAGAAAUAAACUACAAUUCAGUCUUAUGAUUUAACAAGAAUUCCAGGCAAAAGCCGUUACAGUGCAGCAGCGCCUUGCUAAGGAGAUUUGACCGGAACAAAAGACAUGCUGAUAAAAUACAGAGAGUUGUGAUGAUGUGUAUUUAUACUGUAUAUACCUGGGGUGAACUAGAAACAUUAAUGUGCAGUGUCGUGUCAAACAUACUCACUCUAUCUUUUCAGAUUAAGUAAGAAUUUCUAGCAACACUUGAAAGACUGCAUGUAGUUAAAAUUAUAUCAGAGGUUUUAUCAUUCACUAAUCCCUCACAGACAAAAUAGUUGCAUCAUGUUUAUUUGUCCAUCAGUUUAUCGAUGGCAUAUUUUGUGUGCUCUAACCAACCUACUAAUGUCAAAUUUUGUCCGAUAUUCAUCACAUCCUGAAGUAAAUUCUGUGUCCCAGUAUGUAGAGACCUGUACCUUUGCUUAUUUUAAACAUAGAAGUUUACCCAGGACAUACUGCUGGAUCACUCCCCAAACUUGCUAAAAGUAUUUAAUCUUAUAAUAUUAUUUCUUCGUUGAUAAGUGUGGAAAGCAAUGCCACUAGUCUUUGAUGGGAUAUUAUGACGGCUUGCUUUGUUUUAUUAAGAAAAUAGGUGGUAUAUUUAAAUGCUGCUUCAGUUUGAAAUUUAUACAAGUGCUUUUCUAUAUUGUUUAGAAACACUUUGUACUGUCCAUCAUAAUGUAGUGACAAGUCUUGCUGUAUGUCAUUCCAUCUUGCCCAAUAUCUAUACAGACUAGAAAUUCUUACUUAAUGAGAUAGGGUUUCUAUUGAGUAUUGACUAUGUGAAAUGGAGGGUCUAGUGAGAUGAGGAUACAGUAGUGCUUGGAUGCUGUGUGAUGUAAGUGGUUAAAAGAUGGAUAUAAAAUGUGUCUGAGAUUGUUGUUGUGAAUGAAAUUGUGUGAAAGAAACUUGGAUAUUGUUGAUUUGUAUACUUUAAGAUUGGUAAUAUAUUUGUGGGAAUUUCAUUUUGUUAUGAUUGUGGUUUUGGAAGAAAGAAUUUGUAUGCAUUUCAAAUGUUCAAACAUUAGAUCGUAGUCUCUAUGAAGAAAUGUAGGCACCAAUGUGUCGAAGCCUGCUCAGUAAUGAAGAUAGAACACUAAAUUCCAUGAUUUGCUAGAUUUUUUGGUGUUAUGUAGUGAUAGUGAAGACAGCAAAUUGGUGGUUAAUCAGAUAUCUGGUCUUUGGCUGUCAGUAUUGAAUUUAAUUUCAAACCAUUUGCUGCCAGGGUUUUGUUUUAAUGUAACCAUUUAAAACAACUCAAUGUUAUUUAAUGGUAACUAAAACCACAGGUGAACUGGGCACAUCUGAUGACUGACCUUACCUGUAUACUAAUUGGUUCACUGACGUAUGCGGAAGUAAACAGAAACAAUCUUGUAUACAUUUAUGUUAGCAGCUUUUGUUUUCUUAUGUUUGUUUUGAAGUGCAAUUGUUUGUUGUAGGUUUAAAGAUAAUCUCAUAUCUCAGUUUUUCAAAGUUCAUUAUAUCUGUUGAACCAAGGUGGGCAUGGUAUCAGGUGACAGUAGUUCAUUGUUUUUGAGUUGUGAUAAUAUCAUAAAAGAAUCAUACUCGUGUAUAAUUUUGGCUGACCCAUUACACAUUAAGCCAUUUCCUCUUUUUUCUUUUUGUCAGCUGAUCUUCAUAUAAAAGAAGUGAAAAAAAUCAUACACAGAUAUUACCAAUAAAGUUGACCAUAAAUAUUUGAGACUAAGUGUAUUCUGACAUCUUCAUUAGAAACGUAGACUUGUCACAUAUAAUGUAAAAAAUACAAAGUGGAAUUUUGCUGCAGUUCUUCAAGAUAAGAAAGGAAUAUUUAUCACACUGCAUUCUGAUUAUUUGAUAAUAUGGUAAAACAGAUAUCAGCGUGGACAUAUCUUAUACAAAGCUAGCUUUCACUCGUUUCUCAUUUGAAAAUACAUAACAUAUUUAAGUGGAUUAUGAGGUAUGGAUGUUUGUGUUUUUACCAGGUGUAGCAGAUGGCUAACAUAGAUAAUAUGUAAUGGUAUGUGUGAUUAGCAGGCCCCAUAAUCAUGAAACAAUCCUUUUAGCUUUGACCUAGCCAAUCACGGUUAAUGUGAAAAGAUUUGUUAUAUGUGGUUGGUUAAGCAAAAACUACAGUAUGAGAUUGUUUCAUAAUCCCUAGGCCUGGUCUGAGGAGCUUAAGAACUGUUUUUAAAGUUUUCAUUGUGAAGCUUACUAAUCAUUUCCUGAAGUUCUUCUUUGUUACUUACCUUCAUUUAGAGCACUGUUUUCUUUUUUGUUUCUUUCAAAUAGCUUUAGUAAUAUUUCAAUAUCUUGUCUUUAAAUAGUACAAAGUUGAGGAUUGGUUUUGUAAGUAUCAAACCUGAUACAUACUUUUAAGCUUAUAAAGUGUCUGUGUUAGUAUGGAGCUGUAUCUCCAUUUUUGGCAUGUUCUUAAUUUGAAAUAUAAAUUAGUAGUUAUCAGAAUUCUAUUAUUAUUCCUUUAUUGUUGUUGUAUAUGUCAAAGCUGCUUCAGUCCAUUUUAUAUUGCCAAAUUCAAACAAGAUAUAUUUUAUACAAAAUGUAAUCCAAGAUGUAUGAUAAACACAUCAGGAGAUAUAGAGACAGGUACGUACAUUUAUGUCUGAAUAGUGAUAGCUGUUCUAUGGAUGCCUGGAAAGACAACUCCAUAUGGUUAGAGAUUACAAAAUAUUUACACAGCUCUCCUGUCAGUAUCCUGUAUCGUGAAUGCACUGGUAUAUAAUACAUUCUUUCUAUACAAAUGUACGUUCCUAUCAUCAUUCUAAAUAUUUUCUAAAUAUUACAUUUACAUAUAACAUUUCACCUGGGGAUUCUUUUUAUUUUUUUUUUAAAUUUUAGGAUGUAUAUAAUAUUCAAUGGUAAAAAGACAGACUUUUAACAUUCAUAGGAAUUUAUUUCAUAAAGUAUUCAUUCAUUCUCAUUCACUUUUUCAAGAAAUCAAUAUCAUUCUGUGAGUUUGACCAAUAUCUGUUUAAUUUUAUGUUACAUAAUACUGUUGAAUUUGUCUUGUCAGUAAUACACUGAAAGUGAUAUAGUUAUGAUAUCUAGAAAGAACCCAACAUCAUUUUUCAUUUCUAUCUUAUAUCCAACAAGAACAAAUAUUGAAGUAUUUUCACUUUUUAAAAUGGACAUAAAUAUGGAAGGAUUAUUUUUAAAUAUUUACUGGUUUAAACAAUGAUUUAUCAUAUGCACUACUUAGUGUGUGUGUGUGUGAAUAUUCUGGUAUCUAGAGGUUAAAAUGUAAAAACUGGUAUACCAUAUGUUGUCUUGUAUAGUAGAGGCAUAUUUAUUGAAUAGGUAUACCAUGUAUAUAUAGUUAAGUAUACUCUAGAUCUUUAAGAUUGUCCAAAUAGUUUUAUAGCUUCUUUUCAUUUAAAUUAUUCUGCAUGAUUUGCUCCAAAUUAAAAAUCUUUUUUCAUUAGAUAGAUUGCCUGUAGAUUCUUCUCAGAGUUUUGAAUACUUUUUAUCAAACCAGAAUUUUUUAUUUGUGUUUCUGUCUUUUCCAACACCAGGUUUUCAUUUCUUGUAA